GCAGCUGGCUAAAGCAGAAACUGAGCAAGAAAAAGAUGAUGUUGGCAGAGGACAGAGAGCAUUUUGAGGACUCAUUCUCAGUCAAGGCCUCUGCGGCAGAAAUGGAGAAAAUAAGGGUACGAAAUUCCUGGGUGCCAACCUGCCUAUGGCAACCUAGAAUUCUCCAGGGCAGGCUCGCAAAAUCUUCACCUACUCUCUGGGACAGUACUUUGCAAGAACAGAAGGGGGAAUUACGAAAGCGCCUAUCGUACACUACCCAUAAGCUGGAAAUGCUUGAAACAGAGUUUGACUCUACACGUCAGUAUCUUGAAAUAGAAUUGAGACGUGCUCAGGAGGAACUUGAAAAAGUAACUGAAAAACUGAGAAGGCAGGUGAUUACUCCCCUGAAGACAUAUCAUAAUGGAAGCCAAAAAUAUUUUACGAGGAUACAAAACAAUUACCUAGCCUUACAAAGAAUUAAUCAGGAUCUGGAGGAUAAACUUUACAGAAUGGGUCAACACUACGAAGAGGAAAAACGGGCUUUGAGCCAUGAAAUAAUUGCACUCAAUAAUCACUUAAUAGAAGCCAAGGUGACGAUAGAUAAGUUGUCAGAAGACAAUGAGCUCUACAGGAAGGACUGCAAUUUAGCUGCUCAGCUUCUCCAGUGCAGCAAGAACUAUGACAGGGCACAUAAACUUUCAGAGUUGCCAACUGACUUUCAGGAAAGAGUCAGCAUCCACCUGGAGAAACACGGGUGCAGCCUUUCUGUCCCCUUGUGCCACACUUCCUACGCUGAUACCAUACCCACUUGCGUCAUUGCCAAAGUACUGGAAAAACCAGACCCACACAGCUUGUCCUCACACUUGUCAAGCCCAUCCACGAGGGAUCUCAAUUUUCAGGACUCUGCUGGAAAAGUCGGACAACGACCCCAGUACAAGUCCGACAUCUACUGCAGUGACACAGCUCUUUACUGCCCCGAGGAGAGGAGGAGGGAGAGGAGGCAGAGCGUGGACACACAGGUGAAAGACGUGGGGUUCCUGCGGUCCCAAAACUCCACGGACAGCACUGUGGAAGAAGAUGGUUUCCAUUCCAGCUUCUCCCAUGAAGCCUUCCCAGAGUACAUUACCUCUCUGCCAACCUCCAGCUCCUACUCCAGCUUCAGCGUCACGUCUGAGGAGAAGGAGAACGCCCAGGCCAACACUCUGACAGCCUCCCAGCAGGCGAUCUACAUGAGCAACCGAGACGAGCUGUUUGAAAGGAAGUCCCCCGCGGGUUACGAGCAUCAGGGGAGCCCCAGGUUUGCCAAGCCCAAACCCGCGCAGCACAUGGAGCUUGCUGACGACAACGAGAACUCACCCACUUUUACCAGGACUCUGCCUCCAUAUGCAAACGAACCUUUUCAUUUCUCAGCCAUAACACCACAGCAGGCUUUGGCAAACCAGAAAAUGAGGAAUGAGUGCAGGAGCACCCACCUCUCAGAAGAAGACUUGCCAGGGCGAUGGAGGCAGCUGAGUGUGGAGGACAUUGGAGCGUACUCCUACAGGAAUGCUGGCAGGCUGUCUCCCUGCAGCUUCUCAGAGCAGUACUACAGCAGCCCCAUCAAGAAGGGGGACAGUCGAACAAGCCCCAUCUAUGCUAGUUACAAAGCAGACAGCUGCUCAGAGGGAGAUGACAUCUGCCAAAGCAGACUUGUGGAUUCUUGCUUCCUGAGAACAGACAGUGGCCUGAACAUUGACAUCAGCACAAGCUGUAAACAGGACAAAUUGCCCGCUUACAAAACAAAAGAACCAAGAGACCAAAAAAACGAAAGGAUAACCGUCCAGUUAUGCAGUAGCAAAAACAUCGAAAACAGUCCGGUAUUGAAAAGAGAAUAUGUGGACGUGAGCCCAAACAGCUCAGCAGAGUCACUCAAUCAGAGUUCAGUGGAGGCUCCAGAAAUCCACCAGUCUUCCAUGGAUCAAGGAAGCCAUUCGGGUGUUCACAGCAAACAGCCGCAGUUCCAGAGGACUGGGAGCACUGGUCUGAGUCGGAAGGACAGCCUUACAAAAGCACAGUUAUAUGGAACCCUUCUGAACUAGGCACCUCCCCAAACGGCAAUAAGACAGCAAACAAAAGGAAGAA